AUUCGACUUUCUGUGGCCAAUGCCUGGAAAUACCAAUGGUGUGGUAGGCCAGGUAUUGAUUUUCUUUACAAUAUUCCAUCAGAGAAUAUGAUUACGAUUUUCAAAUGAAGUGCUAAUACUCAACUAAUUCACGAUCCUAUUUAUGUAGGAAGACUUGUUUAAAAUUGUCGUCGAAAAUUUAAAACGCCGAUAAGUAAUUUAAUCAGUGCAUUGAAAUAAUUAUUUAAUUGUGAAGGGUGCCACCGUUUUACAAUGGCAACCGAUCCUUGGGUGAUAACUGCGAGAGAAAUGGCGAGAUAUAAUGAACAAUUUAAGAGUCUUCAGCCAGUUGGUGGAGUUGUGACUGGGGCACAGGCAAAAGGAUUUUUGCUGCAGUCUCAGCUACCACCAGCUAUAUUAGGACAGAUAUGGACUCUGUCCGAUACUGAUGCAGAUGGAAAAAUGGAUAUAAAUGAAUUUAGUAUAGCAUGUAAAUUAAUCAAUUUAAAACUUCGGGGCUUUGAAAUCCCAAAAACCUUACCACUGGCCAUGGUAAAAUCUCUUUCUAUGCAAACCAACACGCCAACAAAUGCACAGCCAGUUGUUAAUACAAUGCCAGCUCCUAUGUUGAGAAUGAGUUCAUUGGGUCAAAUUGAUCCCCUGGGCACAAUGAAUACUCUUAACCAGAGGCAUUUGAUGUCUGCAUCGACUUCUAAUGUAGCAGAUUUAAAUCAUGGGUUACCACUAGACAAUAAUUUUACUGGAGGAAUGCCAGUAAAUCAAAGUAAGUUUGGGGCUAUGCCUAUAACGAGUAAUACUGCUUUGGUCAUGAAUGCAGCCCCUUUGGUGUCAGAUUUGAAUGAAUCUCGUAAACAAUCUCUGGGUGGUGUACCUCUAAUACCUUCCGCACCACUUGCAAAUGCUGCAUCAUUGAUCAAUACUGCAGCACCCUUAGUUAACACUGCACCACUAUUGAAUACUGCACCUCUAGUUAAUACACCACCUGUUAUUCCUCCUGGUGUAGUUACGCCGCCAAAUCAACUCAUAUCUCCAGUAAUAACACAGCAGCCUGUUGCUAAGCCAGUUGGAGUUGUUGAAAGAUCUGGAUCUAUUUCUUCUAUUGAUUCUCCUGCUCAUUUAGAGUGGGCUGUACCACAACAAAUUAAGUUGAAAUAUACUCAAGUUUUCAAUUCAAUGGAUCGUACACGAAGUGGAUUUUUAUCUGGCCCUCAAGCUCGUAAUAUUAUGGUCCAAACAAAGUUGCCCCAAAAUGUUCUUGCCUCUAUUUGGUCAUUAUCAGAUAUGGAUAAUGAUGGAAAAUUAGGUUGUGAUGAGUUUGUUCUUGCAAUGUUUCUAUGUGAUCAGGCCCUUGCCGGAGAAAAAGUACCAUCUGUACUUCCCUCAAGUUUAAUUCCACCAACCUUCAAACGCACAUUGCUUUCGCGGCACAAUUCAUUGGUAGGGCAAACAGCAAGUGCAACAGGAUCACCAUCUUCUGCUGAUGGUGGCGACGUUUGUCCAGCCUCUACUCUUCCACAAACUUCAUUUGAAGAUAAACGCAAAGAAAACUAUGAGAAAGGACAAGCUGAAUUAGAGAGGAGGCGUAAGGCACUUCUUGAGAUACAACGUAAAGAACAAGAAGAAAGGGAAAGGAAAGAAAGAGAAGAGGCUGAAAAAAGAGAAAAGGCUCGUUUGGAACAAGAAAGGAAGAGACAAGAGGAACUCGAGAGACAGUUACAGAGGCAAAAAGAAAUUGAGCAAGAGAAAGAAGAGCAAAGGCGAAGACAGCAAGAACAGAGAGAAGCUGCUAGAAAGGAAAUGGAAAGACAAAGGCAGAUGGAAUGGGAAAAUCAGAAGCUUCAGGAUUUACAACAAUUACGUCAGAAAGAACAAGAAAAUAUUUUACGAUUGAAAGCCCAAAACCAAAGUCUUACAAUAGAAUUAACUACCUUGAAUGAUAAAGUAAAAGAUUUAUCACAAAAAAUUUGUGAUACACGUGUUGGUGUGUCUUCCGUAAAGACAACUAUAGAUGGUAUGAGAACAACAAGAGAUUCCCAAGUUACUGAAAUGGCUCAAUUGAAAAACAAAUUGAAGGACCAGAAUGCAAGAUUAGUUAUUAUAAGCCAAGAAAAAGCACGCCUUGAAGCCAAAAACAAAAUGAACUUAAUGCAAAGUGCAGCAAAUCAAGAGCAAAUGAACACAGCAUUCUCAAAUAAACAUAUAACUCUGAAACAAUUGCGAGAUAAAUAUGAAGAUACACAAAAACAGAUAGACUUGAAAAUGGUUGAUAUAAAAAAUAACAAUUUGCAAUUGUCAGAGCUAAAAAGUCAUUUAACUUCUUUAGUGGAGGAAUGUGAAAAGCUUUUUGAAAUUUAUGAUGAACACCGAAAAAAGGUCAUUGAAAUGAAGACUUCGAAAGAUACGGGUUAUGGAAGUGAAUGGGAUGAUAAUGCUUGGGACAUCAAGGGCAACGCCUGGCCUGAGAAUACUCAAUCAACACCUGCAGUAUCGAGCUCAACUAAUAUGGUCAAAUACCGAGCAGUAUAUGAGUUUGUAGCUAGAAACAGCGAUGAAAUUUCAUUUCAACCUGGAGAUAUCAUAAUGGUUCCACUCGAGCAAAAUGCUGAACCUGGGUGGUUAGCUGGGGAAAUCAGGGGUUCAACAGGCUGGUUUCCAGAAUCCUAUGUUGAACCGGUAGAUGCCAAUGUACAAAUAUCAUUUGGACAAGAAAAUCAUGAUACUAUUAUGAGACAUCAACUUGAAGGUAUAGCUGAGGUUCCUGAAAACACACCAUCUGAGGUCACAACUGAUACAUAUUCUACUACAACUGCACCAGCAGAUUCAACUACCGGUGAAGUUGACUAUUAUAUUGCUUCCUAUCCAUAUCAGUCUACGGAACAAGGAGAUCUUACCUUUACUGCAAAUGAAAUAAUUAAAGUUAUUAAGAAAGAAGGUGACUGGUGGACAGGUGUCAUAGAUGAUAGAACUGGAAUUUUUCCAUCCAACUAUGUUCAAAAAGCCCCAGCGGAAAGCGUACCGGCCGAUAAUAAUUUGCCCGAUAAUUCAAAUAUUGUUGCUCAAGACAACACAUCCGUUGUCACUGAUAAAACUACUCAUGCACCAGUGAGUAAUCAGGAUUCCACUGGUGCAGGCAGCAUGACUCCAGUUGAUUCUGAAAUAACACAAAUUACUAACAGGGCUGCGGCCUCCGAACAGCAUGCCACAAUGCCAGCUGAUGCCACACCAGAUUUUGCCGCACUUUCGGCAAAUAAUCAGACUAUCAAAAGUAAGAAACCAGAAAUAGUUCAAGUGAUAGCACCAUAUGAAUCUACCAGUAGCGAACAACUUAGUUUGCAACGCGGACAGCUAAUCAUGAUUCGGAAAAAGACUGAUAGUGGUUGGUGGGAGGGCGAGCUGCAAGCUAAAGGUCGUCGCAAACAGGUAGGCUGGUUCCCGGCUAGUUAUGUGAAACUACUUGUGGGAGGCAGAAAUAGUGGACGGAACACCCCAGUCUCAGCCAGCAAAACGGAUAUGAUGGAGCAGGUUUUGGAUAAAGUUAUAGCAUUAUAUCCUUACACCGCACAAAAUGAGGAUGAAUUAAGCUUUGAAAAAGAUGACAUAAUAAGUGUAACUGGUCGUGAUGAAGCAUCUUGGUGGAGGGGCGAGAAAAAUGGUGUUACUGGUCUCUUUCCUAGCAAUUAUGUUGGACCAUUAACAGGUAAUCCAUAAACGGUAAAUCUGCGCUCACCCGUGCUAAUAUUUGUUGUAAUAAGAUAAAUAAUGAAUAAACUUUAGCAGUGGAUGUAAGUAAUAGACACGAUGAUUUGUAUAUUAAUAACCUUUUUAGUUAACAAAACUUUCUACAGAACUGUUAAUGCAAA